GGUUUCUCCUGUUGCUGCUCUCGGCGCCGCGGCGGCGCUCACCGUCUCAUUUUUCCUCCCGGAUCCUGAUCGCGAGGCCAAAUCCAAGCUUGAUACUCAAAAGUAGUCAAGAUGGUGAAGUUCACAGUGGAAGGGCUCCGCGGUAUUAUGGAUAAGCAGGCUAAUAUCCGGAACAUGUCUGUUAUUGCUCAUGUCGACCAUGGCAAGUCUACACUUACUGAUUCCCUAGUGGCAGCUGCUGGGAUUAUUGCACAGGAAGUUGCUGGUGAUGUUCGCAUGACUGAUACACGUGCAGAUGAAGCAGAGCGUGGCAUCACAAUCAAAUCCACCGGUAUCUCUCUUUUCUAUGAGAUGACCGAUGAAUCACUCAGGUCUUAUAAGGGCGAGAGAGAUGGGAAUGAGUACCUGAUAAACCUUAUUGAUUCACCUGGGCACGUUGAUUUCUCUUCGGAAGUCACAGCUGCUCUUCGGAUUACUGAUGGUGCUUUGGUGGUGGUUGACUGUAUUGAGGGUGUUUGUGUGCAAACUGAAACUGUGCUUCGCCAAGCCCUUGGUGAGAGGAUUAGGCCUGUCCUUACUGUGAAUAAAAUGGACAGAUGUUUCCUAGAGCUUCAAGUAGAAGGUGAGGAAGCCUACCAGACUUUCUCCCGAGUCAUUGAGAAUGCCAAUGUCAUUAUGGCAACAUAUGAAGAUGCAAAACUUGGCGAUGUGCAAGUCUACCCAGAGAAGGGAACUGUUGCCUUCUCUGCUGGCUUACAUGGCUGGGCAUUUACUCUCACGAACUUUGCAAAGAUGUAUGCCUCCAAGUUUGGAGUUGAUGAAUCUAAAAUGAUGGAGAGGCUUUGGGGCGAGAACUUCUUUGACCCAACCACAAAAAAAUGGACCAACAAGAACACUGGCUCGCCUACUUGUAGGAGAGGUUUUGUUCAGUUUUGCUAUGAUCCAAUCAAGCAAAUCAUCAAUACUUGCAUGACUGACCAGAAGGAUAAAUUGUGGCCUAUGUUACAGAAGCUUGGUGUUACCAUGAAGUCUGAUGAGAAGGAGCUAAUGGGCAAGCCUUUAAUGAAGCGUGUAAUGCAAACUUGGCUGCCAGCGAGCACUGCUCUGCUUGAGAUGAUGAUAUUCCACCUUCCUUCUCCUUCGCAAGCACAGAAGUAUCGUGUGGAGAACUUGUAUGAGGGCCCCCUUGAUGAUGUCUACGCAACUGCGAUAAGAAACUGUGACCCACAAGGUCCUCUUAUGCUCUAUGUUUCGAAGAUGAUACCAGCAUCUGACAAGGGCAGAUUCUUUGCGUUUGGCCGUGUCUUCUCUGGGAGAAUUGCAACUGGCAUGAAGGUCCGGAUCAUGGGCCCCAACUAUGUUCCUGGCGAGAAGAAGGAUCUGUAUGUGAAGAGUGUCCAGCGUACAGUUAUAUGGAUGGGAAAAAAGCAAGAGUCUGUUGAGGAUGUUCCUUGUGGUAACACUGUUGCUAUGGUUGGCUUAGAUCAGUUCAUCACAAAGAAUGCUACCCUGACAAACGAGAAGGAGGUUGAUGCGUGCCCCAUCAGAGCCAUGAAAUUUUCUGUAUCCCCUGUUGUACGUGUUGCUGUUCAGUGCAAGGUUGCCUCGGAUCUUCCCAAGCUUGUGGAAGGUUUGAAGCGUCUGGCAAAAUCUGAUCCUAUGGUCCUGUGUUCGAUGGAAGAGUCUGGUGAGCAUAUUAUUGCUGGAGCUGGAGAGCUGCACCUUGAAAUUUGUUUGAAGGAUCUGCAGGACGAUUUCAUGGGUGGUGCUGAAAUUACUGUCUCCCCUCCUGUUGUCUCUUUCCGCGAGACUGUUCUUGAGAAAUCUUGCCGUACUGUGAUGAGCAAGUCCCCGAACAAGCACAACCGUCUUUAUAUGGAAGCUCGCCCGUUGGAGGAAGGACUGCCUGAGGCCAUUGAUGAUGACCGCAUUGGCCCACGUGAUGAUCCCAAGGUGCGCUCGAAGAUCCUGUCUGAGGAGUUUGGUUGGGACAAGGAUCUUGCCAAGAAGAUUUGGUGUUUUGGACCUGAAACCACUGGCCCAAAUAUGGUUGUUGAUAUGUGCAAGGGAGUGCAGUAUCUGAAUGAAAUAAAGGACUCUGUUGUGGCUGGCUUCCAGUGGGCGUCGAAGGAAGGCCCAUUGGCGGAUGAAAAUAUGCGUGGGAUUUGCUUUGAGGUCUGUGAUGUUGUUCUCCACACAGAUGCUAUCCACAGGGGAGGUGGUCAGGUCAUCCCAACGGCUAGGAGGGUCAUUUAUGCUUCUAUGCUUACAGCUAAGCCAAGGUUACUAGAGCCUGUAUACCUAGUGGAAAUCCAGGCACCUGAGAAUGCACUUGGUGGUAUCUAUGGUGUGCUUAACCAGAAGAGAGGGCACGUGUUUGAGGAGAUUCAGAGGCCUGGUACCCCACUGUACAACAUCAAGGCUUACCUCCCUGUUAUCGAGUCCUUCGGUUUCUCCAGCACACUUAGGGCUGCAACUUCUGGUCAGGCCUUUCCGCAGUGUGUGUUUGAUCACUGGGAAUUGAUGUCUGCUGAUCCUUUGGAGGCAGGUUCACAGGCGGCUCAGCUGGUCAUGGAUAUCCGCAAGAGGAAGGGACUGAAGGAACAGAUGACCCCUCUCUCCGAUUUCGAGGACAAGCUCUAAAUGUUUGCUCUCAUGUUAGUUGCCCUGUUUGUUAUCUUUGGUCUAGUGUCAAGAUUAGUAUUCUAUCUCUGUGUUCCAGUACAUUGAGUUGUGAUGUGUUCGUUUUACUUCUGUGUGGCAGCGUGCUACCAGCCUAUUUUGGUGCCUGUCAGAUUUAGCAAACAAUUUGCCUUAAAUGAUAUGUUUGGUCGA